UUGGGGGAGUGGACAACAUAAAACGUUGAACAAACUACAAAUCCCAAGUGGUCCCGAAGCGGCGGCAUCGGCACUUGUGCUCAGAAGAGCCACCUCCUCCUCCUUGGCAAAUCUUGGGCUGGAGCCCUGCAGCCUUCUCUCAUUGACUGCUUGCUUUCAGGCGGCUCAGAUGGCUGAAGGAGCCAGUUGUUGUCCAGCCUGGCGGACGAUGCAGUUGAGGAAGGCGUGUUGGAGGCUCUGAGAUGACGGCCUUGUGAACGCAUCUCAAGGAAGAGGCUCUCCUCCCGUGGGGCCAUGGCGGCGGCUGGACUCAAGGCUGCGAGCAGCGGCAUAUGGAAGAGCGUCGGCAUCCUUCAACUGGUGGUUCCUGUUUCCAGCCACAGCAGUUGCUGCUGCUACUAUACAGGCUCCGAUGCUGGAUCGGGACGGGCGGGAUGCAGGCACCAGUGGACCCAUCAGCCACAGCCUGAGGAGCAUUGUCUCCCAUCGCCGGGCUCCUUUUCGAUCGGCGGCAAAGCUAAGAGGACCGCCGACGCCGGUCCUGCUGUGGCAGCUGCUUUCUUAGGCGGCCACCAGCCCAGCUCCAUCGAAGGGAUCGACACGAAGUCCUAUCUCUGGGCCAAAUACCACGAGAUGAAAAAGCUGGUUUACGAUCUGCUUCCACCAGGAGUUUGCAAUCUUCUUAACCCUGCAGCUAUCUAUGCAAAUAAUGAGAUUAGCUUGGGAGAUGUUGAGAUCUAUGGCUUUGAUUAUGAUUAUACGUUGGCACAAUAUUCAAACUUACUACAUUCAAUGAUAUUCAACGCUGCCAGAGAUAUCCUAAUUGAACAGUAUAAGUACCCAGAGGGACUCAGGAAAUAUGAGUACAUUCCCGGUUUUGCCAUCAGAGGGCUUCAUUAUGACGUGCACAAGAGUCUUCUGAUGAAGAUUGAUGCUUUCCACUAUGUUCAAUUGGGCACUGCCUAUCAGGGGCUAAACCCAGUACCUGAUGAAGAAGUUAUUGAAAUGUAUGGUGGAACCCAGCAUAUCCCAUUAUACCAGAUGAGUGAUUUUUAUGGCAAGGGUCCAUCGAUUAAACAAUUUAUGGACAUUUUCUCUCUUCCUGAAAUGACCCUACUUUCAUCAGUGACUGACUAUUUCAUGACUCGUAAUAUUGAGUAUGACCAAGUUCAUCUUUUCAAGGACAUAAGUGAUGCCAUUAAAGAUGUCCAUGUGAAAGGAAUGAUGUACAAAUGGAUUGAAAAGGACAUGGAGAAAUAUAUUCUUCAUGGAGAUGAAACAUACGCUGUCUUAAAUAGGCUGGUUAACAACAAUAAAAAACUCUUUCUCAUCACAAACAGUCCUUUUAGUUUUGUCGACAAAGGGAUGAAAUACAUGGUUGGCAAAAACUGGCAGGACCUUUUUGACAUGGUCAUUGUGCAAGCAGAUAAGCCCAGUUUCUUUACUGAUAAGCGAAAACCUUUCAGAAAAAUGGACGAAGAAGGUUCUCUUCACUGGGACAAAAUUAACAAACUGGAAAAGGGGAAAAUCUAUAAACAGGGCAAUCUGUUUGAUUUUCUGCGGCUAACAGGCUGGCGUGGGUCCAAGGUCCUUUAUUUUGGUGACCAUUUGUACAGUGACCUUGCAGACCUCAUGCUACGUCACGGUUGGAGGACAGGUGCCAUAGUUCCAGAAUUAGAAACAGAAAUACGAAUCAUCAAUACAGAACAAUAUAUGCACUCUUUGACCUGGCAGCAAGCUCUUACAGGACUUCUGGAGAGAAUGCAGAUGUAUCAAGAUGCAGAAUCAAAGCAAGUGCUUUUGGAGUGGAUGAAAGAGCGACAGGAGAUUAGGUCACUUGCAAAGAACCUGUUUAACCCCCAGUUCGGUAGCAUUUUUCGAACCUUCCACAACCCAACCUACUUUUCUCGAAGACUGAUUCGUUUUUCUGAUAUUUACAUGGCAUCCAUUAGUUGCCUACUGAACUAUGAUGUGAAUUUUACAUUUUAUCCUCGCCGAACGCCUCUACAGCAUGAAGCUCCUCUUUGGAUGGAUCAGCUCUGCACAGGUUGCAUGAAGACUCCAUUCUUAGAAGAAAUGGUGCACAUUCGAUAAAAGGGAUUAUGACCUGCAUAGUAGAAUCUUAGAUUACUUUCAGGGGAGUGCUGCUACUUUUUGAUCAUUGUUGUGCCUCUGUUCUGAGCAAUAGAAAGAUACCUGAGAUAAAUGAAUAGAAAGGUGACACAAAUUUUACAUCUGAAAUCCUGGUGGUAAAAUAUGUUAACCAUGCUUGAUUAUUUUCUAAGAAUAAGUUUUAAAUUUGGCAUCUGUAAUUUAGUCACAGCUGUCUUUGUGUGCUCAGAAGGGUUAGACAUGUUGGUCAGGUUGUAGUGAUUCUGGCUAUAGAGAUUACAAAUCUAUUUCCACUUUAGAACAACAUAUUCAAAAUUUAACUUCCACAUGAAUCCUUGCUAACAUCACAUAUACAAUAUAUGAAAUAAUAGAAAUUUAAAUAGUUCCUAUUCAGUUCGUCAAUCAGUUCGCAUUCAGUUACAAAUUUGAAGAUACUAACUGAUGUAUUUCUAACGAAUUGAGUAUAGUACAGGUCUGUAUAAACCAGAUAUGCCAUUACACCACAUUCAUUCAUUCAUGUGUGAAGUGACCUCACUUAGAUUCACUAUUUGAUAACAUCAGUUAAUGUGAUAUUAAGUAUGUAAUGCUCAUUUACACAUUCAAGCCAUCACCUGAUGCUGAGUUUAUCAGAUGAUGUAUAUUUAUAUAUUAAAGCACCCCUAGUUAACAUACAAAAAAGCAGGUUUUCGUAACAGUAGGUGAAUAAAUUAUCUUAAAUUGAGUAACCUAUUUUAUAAAAUGCUAAUUUACUUACUGAAUCUAUAAGAAUUUUUAGACAUCUAAGCAUAAAUAGAUGUGUAGAUUAACCUGUCCUCUAGAUAUUGUAUGCAUAACUAGGAUAAUAAAAGAUUAAAAUAGUGAUUGCUAGAGUCAUUACCCAACUAUAAUGGAAAGGAUUUUUCCUCUAUUCUAUCACUAACAGCCCACAUAUCAGCAAGAGCUAAAACAAUCAUCAGAAAACAAGUCAGAAGCUUAUGUAGUAUAAAAAUAGUGGUCUCUUAGGAAUGGUGAAUCAUCAAAACCAAAUUGUUUUGUGUUUCAGAAUUUGCAGGGACUUACCACGACCUUUUAAACUUAAUUCAGAGAUGCUCUUUUUUAAAAAGCCUUAGAGAAGGCUUAUGUCUUAGAUUAGAUGUAAGUGUUGCGGGAUUCUUAUUUGUUCUGCAUUUGAUCAUGUAUUGCCAGUCAGGGCCAUUGCUGUAUCAGAGUCAGAUAUAAGAGAUACAUAUUGGGAAUGAAAUGUCCUUGAAUUGGAAGCUCUUAUUUAAGGCUGGAUUUAGGAAACUGGGUAUAUUAAGGUCAAACUUAUGUGUUGGGUUUUACCUGUUAGGUUCUGAAAUGCUGCUAUAAUUCAAGUUAUAUCUAUAAAUGAAAUAAUGAUUGACUGAGGCUACUUAGAUUAUUAGAACUAUUAAAUUCUUACUAAAGAUGGUUUUCAAGGCAUUGGCUUUCAAAGAAUGGAAGAACGCUUGAAUAUUCCAACAAGAUACUGAACCAAAGAAAUCUUUGAGUAGUUACUAUGUUUGUAGUUUGUGAUUUCAUGUUAGGGUCACAUUGGGUGGUCUUCUGGAUGCUAGAUGCAAGAUGAUUACAAAUUGGAAAUUGGAUGUUGUAUACUGUACUCCACAGAAUUUUUAAAAAAGUUUUUCAAAAAGUGCCUACUUUUCAAACUUUUGAAGCAUUAUCAUAUAAGUUACCUCCUACCCAAUUUAAAAAAAACACUGUGAUGCUUAAGAUUGUAGCGUCUUAGAGCAUAUGGAUCAUAUUAAGACUGACAAAUUGCUAAGAAUGCUGUUGGCUAGUUGAUAUUUCUUUUCUAUCCACCCCUCAAACCAACUUGAAGACUUGGGGAAAAUUAACACCCUAUCCAAGUUAGGACUUCUGCACUUUGUACUGCCACUUCAGGAGAAAGACUCACUGUGCACAUAAGCUAACUUGCCAUAGUUACGUAUGGAAAAUAGGAAUGUAUAUGAUGAUUUUCUGUAAUUGUGUCUGUUCUAUAGAAAAUUGUUAUAGUAGGAAAGAUCAUGGAUGUUGCCAUCAUUAGGGUUGCAAUUAUGGAACUUUUCUCUGGAGAUACUUGUUCCUUCCUUCUCUCUCUGAGGCCGUGUCUUAGCUUUUCCAAUCCAUAGGAAAUGUUUUAUUGAUGAACUACUCUUACAUCCAUAUUUUGCCUCUAAAAGAACACUG